UCCUUUUGCUAUGGAAUGAAGGAUGUUCGUAGACUUUUUACAGACCUUUCGGUUCUUCAAAUGUCUAUCAAACGCUAUCAGAAUAUUUCAGUCAACGCUGUCGGAAAUUUUUUGAAUUUAAAUCACGAGAGUCGACUCUCGAUCAGGCUCGAGCUAUCGACAUUCGAGAGAAUUGAUGUCACGUGGUCUUUUGACAGACGUCAUCUAUGCUUCAUGAUGGCGUUAGCCUGGAGUCCUGAUAUAAAACACAGCGAUCUUGGAAGAUGGGUGUGCAUUUAUCCUGCUUACUUAAACAGUAAAAAGACGCUGGCUGAGGGCCGAAAAUUAGCAAAGGAUAAGUGUAUAGAGAAUCCAACUCAUCAGGAGAUCCGUGAUGUUUUGGCAGCAGCAGGGCUCAAGGUUGGUGUGGAGAAUAAGCUACACCCCAGGGAACGAAGCAAAGAGCUUUUAUAUCGAGGCCGCAUCAGAGUUCAUCUAAAAAAUGAUGAUGGUACACCUGUGCAACCCAAUUUUCCAACAAGAGACUCUCUUCUUGUGUAUCUAGGUUCAACAAUUCCUAAACUAAAGAGUCGUCAGACAAGACAGACUUCCAGCGAUCAAUCUUCCCAGCAAUCAUCAUCGUCAUCAAAGAAAGGAAAAGGCAAAGGGCGAAGAUGAAUUGCGUGGCCCUGUUUAUGCAAUAUUGAAUUUUUUAUUAUAUAAUUCGUUAUCACGUCACUCUAUAAAAUACAGGACUGUUUAAAGGAA